CGUCGCGGGCGGAGGCGGGCGCGGGCGCGUCCCUGUGGCCAGUCCCCCGGAGGAGUUGGUCGCACAAUUAUGAAAGACUCAGCUUCUGCUGCUAGUGCCGGAGCUGAGUUAGUUCUGAGAAGGUUUCCCUGGGCUGUCCUUGUCCGGCGGCCUCUGCUGCCGCCUCCGGAGACGCUUCCCGAUAGAUGGCUACAGGCCGCGGAGGAGGAGGAGGUGGAGUUGCUGCCCUUCCGGAGUCCGCCCCGUGAGGAGAAUGUCCCAGAAAUCCUGGAUAGAAAGCACUUUGAUGAAGAGGGAAUGUGUAUAUAUUAUACCAAGUUCCAAAGACCCUCACAGAUGCCUUCCAGGAUGUCAAAUUUGUCAGCAACUUGUCAGGUGUUUUUGUGGGCGUUUGGUCAAGCAACAUGCUUGUUUUACUGCAAGUCUUGCCAUGAAAUACUCAGAUGUGAAAUUGGGUGACCAUUUUAAUCAGACAUUAGAAGAAUGGUCUGUGGAACAGCAUACAGAACAGAGCCCAACAGAUGCUUAUGGAGUCAUAAAUUUUCAAGGCGGUUCUCAUUCCUACAGAGCUAAGUAUGUGAGACUAUCAUAUGACACCAAACCUGAAGUCAUUCUGCAACUUCUGCUUAAAGAAUGGCAAAUGGAAUUACCCAAACUUGUCAUCUCUGUGCAUGGAGGCAUGCAGAAAUUCGAGCUUCACCCACGAAUCAAGCAGCUCCUUGGAAAGGGUCUUAUUAAAGCUGCAGUUACAACCGGAGCCUGGAUUUUAACUGGAGGAGUAAACACAGGUGUGGCAAAACAUGUUGGUGAUGCCCUCAAAGAACAUGCUUCCAGAUCAUCUCGAAAGAUUUGCACAAUUGGAAUAGCUCCAUGGGGAGUGAUUGAAAACAGAAAUGAUCUUGUUGGGAGAGAUGUGGUUGCUCCUUAUCAAACCUUGUUGAACCCUCUGAGCAAAUUGAAUGUUCUGAAUAAUCUACAUUCCCAUUUCAUACUGGUGGAUGAUGGCACUGUUGGAAAGUAUGGGGCAGAAGUCAGACUAAGAAGAGAACUUGAGAAAACUAUUAAUCAGCAAAGAAUUCAUGCUAGAAUCGGACAAGGUGUCCCUGUGGUGGCACUUAUAUUUGAAGGUGGACCAAAUGUUAUCCUCACAGUUUUAGAAUACCUUCAGGAAAGUCCUCCUGUUCCAGUCGUCGUCUGUGAAGGAACAGGCAGAGCUGCAGACCUGCUAGCGUAUAUUCAUAAACAAACAGAAGAAGGAGGCAAUCUCCCUGAUGCAGCAGAGCCUGAUAUUAUUUCAACCAUCAAAAAAACAUUUAACUUUGGCCAAAGCGAAGCAGUUCAUUUAUUUCAAACACUGAUGGAGUGCAUGAAAAAAAGGGAGCUUAUCACGGUUUUCCAUAUUGGAUCAGAUGAACAUCAAGAUAUAGAUGUAGCAAUACUUACUGCAUUACUUAAAGGCACUAAUGCAUCUGCAUUUGACCAGCUUAUCCUUACACUGGCAUGGGAUAGAGUUGACAUUGCCAAAAAUCAUGUGUUUGUUUAUGGACAGCAGUGGCUGGUUGGAUCCUUGGAACAAGCUAUGCUUGAUGCUCUUGUAAUGGAUAGAGUUGCAUUUGUAAAACUACUUAUUGAAAAUGGAGUAAGCAUGCAUAAAUUCCUUACCAUUCCUAGACUGGAGGAACUUUAUAACACAAAACAAGGUCCAACCAAUCCAAUGCUAUUUCAUCUUGUUCGGGAUGUCAAACAGGGAAACCUUCCUCCAGGAUAUAAGAUCACCCUAAUUGAUAUAGGACUUGUUAUUGAAUAUCUUAUGGGAGGAACUUACAGAUGCACCUACACUCGGAAACGUUUUCGAUUAAUUUAUAAUAGUCUUGGUGGAAAUAAUCGGAGGUCUGGCCGAAAUACCUCCAGCAGCACUCCUCAGUUGCGCAAGAGUCAUGAAUCUUUUGGCAAUAGGGCAGAUAAAAAGGAAAAAAUGAGACACAAUCAUUUCAUUAAAACAGCACAACCCUAUCGACCAAAGAUUGAUACAGCUGUGGAAGAAGGAAAGAAGAAAAGAGCCAAAGAUGAAAUUGUAGAUAUUGAUGAUCCAGAAACCAAGCGCUUUCCUUACCCACUUAAUGAACUGUUAAUUUGGGCUUGCCUUAUGAAGAGGCAGGUUAUGGCCCGUUUUUUAUGGCAACAUGGUGAAGAAUCAAUGGCUAAAGCAUUAGUUGCCUGUAAGAUCUAUCGUUCAAUGGCAUACGAAGCAAAGCAGAGUGAUCUCGUAGAUGAUACUUCAGAAGAAUUGAAACAGUAUUCUAAUGAUUUUGGUCAACUAGCAGUUGAAUUGUUGGAACAGUCCUUCAGACAAGAUGAAACCAUGGCUAUGAAAUUGCUAACUUACGAACUGAAAAACUGGAGUAAUUCCACCUGCCUCAAGUUAGCAGUUUCUUCAAGACUUAGACCCUUUGUAGCCCACACCUGUACACAAAUGUUGUUAUCUGAUAUGUGGAUGGGAAGGCUGAAUAUGAGGAAAAAUUCCUGGUACAAGGUCAUAUUAAGCAUUUUAGUUCCACCUGCCAUAUUAAUGCUGGAAUAUAAAACAAAGGCAGAGAUGUCUCAUAUUCCACAGUCUCAAGAUGCCCAUCAAAUGACAAUGGAAGAUAGCGAAAACAACUUUCAGAACAUAGCAGAAGAGAUUCCCAUGGAAGUGUUUAAAGAAGUAAGAAUAUUGGACAGUAAUGAAGGAAAGAAUGAAAUGGAGAUACAAAUAAAGUCAAAAAAGCUUCCCAUUACACGCAAGUUUUAUGCCUUUUAUCAUGCACCAAUUGUAAAAUUCUGGUUUAAUACGUUGGCAUACUUAGGAUUUCUAAUGCUUUAUACAUUUGUGGUUCUUGUACAAAUGGAACGAUUACCUUCAGUUCAAGAAUGGAUUGUUAUUGCUUAUAUUUUUACCUAUGCUAUUGAGAAAGUCCGUGAGAUCUUUAUGUCUGAAGCCGGGAAAAUAAGCCAGAAGAUUAAAGUGUGGUUUAGUGAUUACUUCAAUAUCAGUGAUACAAUUGCUAUAAUUUCUUUCUUCAUUGGAUUUGGACUAAGAUUUGGAGCAAAAUGGAACUUUGAGAAUGCAUAUGAUAAUCAUGUUUUUGUUGCUGGAAGAUUAAUUUACUGUCUUAACAUAAUAUUUUGGUAUGUGCGUUUGCUAGAUUUUCUAGCUGUAAAUCAACAGGCAGGACCUUAUGUAAUGAUGAUUGGAAAAAUGGUAGCCAAUAUGUUCUACAUUGUAGUGAUUAUGGCUCUUGUAUUACUUAGUUUUGGUGUUCCCAGAAAAGCAAUACUUUAUCCUCGUGAAGAACCUUCUUGGACUCUUGCUAAAGACAUAGUUUUUCAUCCAUACUGGAUGAUUUUUGGUGAAGUUUACGCAUAUGAAAUUGAUGUGUGUGCAAAUGAUUCUGCUAUCCCUCAAAUCUGUGGUCCUGGGACAUGGUUGACUCCAUUUCUUCAAGCAGUCUACCUCUUUGUACAGUAUAUCAUUAUGGUCAAUCUUCUUAUUGCAUUUUUCAACAAUGUGUAUUUACAAGUGAAGGCAAUUUCCAAUAUUGUAUGGAAGUACCAACGUUAUCAUUUUAUUAUGGCUUAUCAUGAGAAACCAGUUCUGCCCCCGCCGCUUAUCAUUCUCAGCCAUAUAGUUUCUCUGUUUUGCUGCAUAUGUAAAAGAAGAAAAAAAGAUAAGACUUCAGAUGGACCAAAACUUUUUUUAACAGAAGAAGAUCAAAAGAAACUACAUGACUUUGAAGAGCAGUGUGUUGAGAUGUAUUUUAAUGAAAAAGAUGACAAAUUCCAUUCUGGGAGUGAAGAGAGAAUUCGUGUCACUUUUGAAAGGGUGGAGCAGAUGUGCAUUCAAAUUAAAGAAGUUGGAGAUCGUGUCAACUAUAUAAAAAGAUCAUUGCAAUCAUUAGAUUCUCAAAUUGGCCAUUUGCAAGAUCUUUCAGCCCUGACUGUAGAUACAUUAAAAACACUCACUGCCCAGAAAGCUUCAGAAGCUAGCAAAGUUCACAAUGAAAUCACACGAGAAUUGAGUAUUUCCAAACAUUUGGCUCAAAACCUUAUUGACGAUGGUCCUGUAAGACCUUCUGUGUGGAAAAAGCAUAGUGUUGUAAAUACACUUAGUUCCUCUCUUCCUCAAGGUGGUCUUGAAAGUACUAAUCCUUUUCUUUGUAACAUUUUUAUGAAAGAUGAAAAAGAUACCCAUUGUAACAUAUUUGGUCAGGAUUUACCUGUAAUACCCCAGAGAAAAGAAUUCAAUUUUCCAGAGGCUGGUUCCUCUUGUGGUGCCUUAUUCCCAAGUGCUGUUUCUCCUCCAGAACUGCGACAGAGACCACAUGGGGCAGAAAUGCUAAAAAUGUUCAGUAAAAAUCAAAAAUUAGGCAGUUCAUCUAAUAGCAUACCACAUCUGUCAUCCCCACCAACCAAAUUUUUUGUUAGUACACCUUCCCAGCCAAGUUGUAAAAGCCACUCAGAAACUGUAACCAAAGAUCAAGAAACUAUUUACUCUAAAGCUGCAGAAGGAGAUAAUGUAGAAUUUGGAGCAUUUGUAGGACACAGAGAUAGCAUAGAUUAUUUACAGAAGUUCAAAGAAACAUCAAACAAAAUAAAGGAAAUGUUAUCUAAUGAUAUUCCUGAAAACACUUUGAAACAUGUGAGUUCUCAUGCUGGAUUUACUGAAUGUCCCCAAACUUCUAUUCCUCUUCCUUCUGAACAAGUGGAAAGUAGCAAUAGAAGGCCAUCUACUGAAGAAACUCAUGAAGUAGAUUCCAAAGCAGCUUUACUACCGGAUUGGUUACAAGAUAGACCAUCAAACAGAGAAAUGCCAUCUGAAGAAGGAACGUUAAAUGGUCUCGCUUCUCCAUUUAAACCAGUUAUGGAUACAAAUUACUAUUACUCAGCUGUGGAAAGAAAUAAUUUGAUGAGAUUAUCCCAGAGCAUUCCAUUCACACCUGUGCCUCCAAGAGGUGAGCCUGUCACAGUGUAUCGCUUGGAAGAGAGUUCACCCAGUAUACUGAAUAACAGCAUGUCUUCUUGGUCACAGCUUGGUCUCUGUGCCAAAAUAGAGUUUUUAAGUAAAGAGGAGAUGGGAGGAGGUUUACGGAGAGCUGUCAAAGUACAGUGUACCUGGUCAGAACAUGAUAUCCUCAAGUCCGGUCAUCUUUAUAUUAUCAAAUCUUUUCUUCCUGAGGUGAUCAACACAUGGUCAAGUAUUUAUAAGGAAGAUACAGUCCUGCAUCUCUGUCUCAGAGAAAUUCAACAACAGAGAGCGGCACAAAAGCUCACAUUUGCCUUCAACCAAAUGAAACCCAAAUCCAUACCAUAUUCUCCAAGGUUCCUUGAAGUUUUCCUGCUGUAUUGCCAUUCAGCAGGACAGUGGUUUGCUGUGGAAGAAUGUAUGACUGGAGAAUUUAGAAAAUACAACAAUAAUAAUGGUGAUGAGAUUAUACCAACUAAUACACUGGAAGAAAUCAUGCUGGCCUUUAGCCAUUGGACAUAUGAAUAUACAAGAGGGGAGCUAUUGGUACUUGAUUUACAAGGUGUGGGUGAAAAUUUGACUGAUCCAUCUGUGAUAAAAGCAGAAGAAAAGAGAUCCUGUGAUAUGGUUUUUGGCCCAGCAAAUCUAGGUGAAGAUGCAAUAAAAAAUUUUAGAGCAAAACAUCACUGUAAUUCUUGUUGUAGAAAGCUUAAACUUCCAGAACUAAAUGAAUUCGUGUUUAUGAAGUACUUAGAAUGGUGCCAGGCACAUAUUGGGGGUAUGAAUAUAGAUCUGAAGAGGAAUGACUAUACACCUGAUAAAAUUAUAUUUCCUCAGGAUGAACCUUCAGAUUUGACUCUUCAGCCUGGGAAUUCCACCAAAGAAUCAGAAUCAACUAAUUCUAUUCGUCUGAUGUUAUAAUAUUAUUGAUUCGUUGUUUUGUUUUGUUUUGUUUUUUGCCUACAUCUCACAAAAAUGUUACCGUGUCAUUUUUCCUUCAUGAGGAAAUUGGUAAUAGAGAAAAAUAUGUACAAAUGAAUAUGCUGAAUCUGGCACUGUUAAAAGGUCGAUAUUCUUUUGACCUGAUUAAACUAGUCAGUCAGGAGCUCCCUAUAGGAUACAGCUGGCAGCUGUUAAAUUUUAAAGGUAAAGGAAUAUUAGUAUUUAUAACUUUUUAAAGGGCUCUUUUAGCAGAUUUCAUUUGACUUUGUUCUGAUGAGGGUGACACCCUCUCUCAUGUGGUGCAAUACCAUUAGCCAAAGUUAAGUGUCCAUGCAGAUUUUAUUGGCAGCUGGUUUACUGCCAUUCACCUAGUGAAAUGAAGAAAUCAUCCAGCCUUUUGGUUAAAUGGCAGACAUCUUCCUCAGUAUGUUUUAGUGUGUUCAGUGAUGAUGUCACUAGUCCCCAGCUAGAUACUUGUUGGCCAUGGGAAAGAAGAUGACUUGUUAUUCUAGAUCCAUAGGCAUACAAAAAGCCUGAGCUGAAAACUGUUUUCAAAGAGGGACUUUAUGAAUCAGGAUUAGGCUCCAUAUUUAAAGAUGGAGCCAUUUUUUGUUUGUUUGUUUGUUAAGUAGAGCCCAAAUUGUGCAAAAGUAUUAGUGUUAUUUUUUAACAUUGUCUUAUCAAGUCAUUGUUAACUAGAAGAAAGCCAUGGUAGACUGGUAUAACCUAAAUAUAUCAGACGAGAAACUUAAGUUGCUGUUCAAGAGAAGUUACCUUGUAAAAACAGUUAAAGUGCUUUUUUCCUGUAACUGUAGUGACAGCCUGGAAAGCUACUCACUUCUCCAAAGAUCUUAUUGACAGUGUAUCAGAUCAGAAUGUAAACAUAAAUUCUUGCAUAUAUUUAAAAUUGUGUAGGAACACCUGAACCUGAGUAUUGUUGUGGUACUUAUUUAAGAAAUUGAGUUGGAUUAUCAUUAUGUGAUGUCGGGAGAUUGCAAUGUAACUUUAUGCCAAGAAGAUGUACUUUAACUGCCCCAGAUACUGUUGAAUACUCAGCAAGAAAAGUUUUCAUCGGACUAUACGCUUUGAUUUUUUUCUUUUUGUUUCUUAGGUACUAAUUUUAAUUUUUAUUUAGGAAGGAGCAGUGUAAAUCUUACUUGUAUUCAGUAGUGUAUCUCAUAGAUACAGACAAGGCAAGAAGAGAUGAGCUGUUUAGUGUUUAAUAUUAAUGGGGGGGAGAAAGAAAAAGUGUAUUAAAGAUAUACUAUAUACAUUUUGUAUAUCAUUAAAUCUUUAAAAGAAAUGAAAUAAAUUUAUUCUUGUUUACAGAUGUUUAGUGGGUUUAAUCAUUAUGAAAAACUAUCCAUGUUUUCAGAGCAUUUUAUUAAUUUCAGAAUAUCAGCUUUUUUUAAAUGAACCAUUUUGUAUACCUAAGCCUUUCACCUUCUGUCCUGUGUAUUAUUUAAUGUGGUCUUGGUUUCUUCUCUUUCUCUCUUUUUUUAAUCUGUUUCUUGUUAUGUCAGAAAAUGGAGAUACAGGCUAUCUAUUGAUACUUAGCUUUAUGUAUGAUUAUUUUCAUAACAUGUUAAUAGUAACCAGCAUUUAUGUAGCAUUUAAUACGUGCCAGGCAUUACUCCAGCUGCUUUACAUAUAAAUUACUUAAGACCCUAGUCCUUGAAACAGUCUUAUGAAAUAGAUGUUACUAUCUCGUUUUGCCAAUUAGAAAAUAAAAGCAUUAGGUAAAGUAACUUUCCUAAGAUUCUUAGAAUGUAGCAGGCCUAGGACUCAAACCCAGGAAAGUAGCUUUUGUUUAUGCUCUAGAGCCUCAUGUUAUGUUGACUUUCAAGUAUAAUGACGAUUGGUUUCUGUACCAGUUCCUGAUUGCUUUUCUGAAAUAAAUCUACUCUGUUACCUUU